AUGUCGCUGGCUAAUCGAGUGCAGAUAAAAUGCAUCAUGAAAGAUGGACCACCUUGUCAGAGAUGUGCCGAGCGAAAUCUGUCUUGUGUCCUGAACAAGAGCCUACAAACACUGAUUGAAGAGCGCUCGCAAUGGAAAAGCACUGUGAUCCAAGACUUGGAUCGCAUGCACUCCGCAUUGCAACAGGUUCUUGGCAAGCUUAACCUCCCAGUGCUUCCACCACUCCAAACGGACUCUCCUGAUCAGAACGAAACCUCGUCACAUGACUACGCUAUGGAAAAAGAAGAAGCAGGGCCAUCUUGUGAUAACUCACCUCGACUUUCUCCUCGUCAAGAUGCCGUACCCCAUGUUCCUAUCGAAUCCUUGUAUCAGAUUACCAGGCUACGAGCACUCCGUUCAGAUGACACUGAGGAGACGAGACCGGCCCUUUCGAACAGCCCAAACCAAUCCUUCACCGACUUCAUCUCAAACGGACUAGUCAGCAUUGAGGAUGUCAAACGUCUAGUGGAGUUUUAUUUAAAUAGGAUAGAUCAUUUCAUGUAUAAGAUCGGCCGCGGGAGGUAUCGUGACUUCGAGACGUUGCGUCGUGGCUCGCCUUUGUUGACGGCAUGUAUAUGCACGGUGGCGGCACUGCAUGACCCUUUGAGCAAUCAUCUAUACGGAGUGUGCAAACGCGAAUUCCAGCGACUUAUGGCCGCGUCUAUGUUUGACCGAAGGGUAGACCGGGACCACCUGCGAGCCAUGUGCAUAGGCGCAUAUUGGCUACAUGAUAUCUCUUGGACGCUUUCCGGUUAUGCCAUCCGACGUGCGACAGAAGCGAACCUCAGCGCCAACUACCAUCGGCUAUUGUCGAAAGGUGGGGAAGAGGCUCUAGACAGUAUGCGAAUUUGGUAUGUCCUCUACAUCUGCGACCACCAUCUUUCAAUAUUGUACGGGCGGCCAUCCAUCGUCCGCGAGGAUAUCACCAUCUCUGGUUGGGAGAAGUUAAUGAAGGUACCCGGAUUCGCAGAAAGCGACAAGCGUUUAGUGAGCCAGAUGGCUCUGCUUACCAUGAUGAGCAAUGUUCGAGAACUGUUUGGACCAGAUACAGGCGAGCCUGUUCCACAGGCUUUCGCGCCUCAAUUAACCAACUAUAGCCGACAGAUCGACCAAUGGAUGGGAUACUGGACGACAGAGCUACUAAAACUUCAUCAGCACAUUGGAGAAUUUCCUACGAAAGGCGUCAUUCUCCACCACCAUCUUGCAAAGCUACAUCUACAUUCGCACGUUUUCCGUGGACUCAAAGGCGCACCGGUGCCGCCCCAUUUUCAAGGUAGCGCAUCAGCAGCCGUUGCCGCUGCAACAUCUACCGUUGAAAUGCUUUUAGCUGACUAUGACAUCCGGGAGAGCUUAGUCGGUAUACCUCAUUACUUAAUCUCUAUGAUUGCAUUCGCCUGCGUCUUCCUCCUAAAAGUCGCCUCACAGCACAGUGGUCAAUACAUCGACGAUACUGUAGUAUAUGAUCUCACUACCAAAGCGGUGCAGCAAUUCAGGGCUACAUCGGUAGGCAAAUGGCACUUGGUGCACAUGAUGGCGGAAGGGCUUGAAAAGCUUGUCGCAUCAAGGACUACCAACCCGACUACACAUCCUGAUCAACGCACUAUGCCCGCUACUAGCCAAGCUGGUCUAGCUUUCGACCACUCUCCACACAUGACAUCCAUGGCAGCAUCGAACGGGUUUUAUGAGGGCGAUCCUCUGAACAACGGUUUUGAAGACGAUUUCGGUUUGGGAACUUCAAGCUUCUUGAGCAUUCAGCCCGGGGAGCUGGACUUCAACUUUCCCGGCUUUGGCCUGUGA